UAAAGAAUAAAAUAUAUUUUUAAUUUUGAACGCGGCUUUAUACUUCCCACAUGGGUAUCCGGUAGCCAUGUUAGUUUAAAAAGUUAUCCUUUUCCGUUUUGUUGUCGAGAAAAUGACGGGCUUUAGUAAUAAGGCCAUAAUUAUCGAUGGCCGUGGCCACCUGCUUGGCCGACUGGCCGCAGUGAUUGCAAAGGUCCUUUUAGAAGGAAACAAAGUCAUUGUUGUGAGAUGUGAACAACUUAACAUCUCAGGAAACUUCUUCAGGAACAAGCUGAAGUUUAUGUCAUUUUUGCGUAAACGUUGCAAUGUGAACCCAGCCCGUGGACCAUUCCACUUCAGAGCUCCCUCUAAAGUUUUGUGGAAGACCGUUAGAGGUAUGAUCCCACACAAAACUGAGCGCGGAAAGGAUGCACUGAGAAGGCUCCGCGCUUAUGAUGGAUGUCCUCCUCCAUAUGACAGCCGUCGUCGUGUGGUUGUACCUGCAGCUCUUAGAGUGUUCUGCUUGAAACCAGGACGCAAGUACUGUCACGUGGGCCGUCUUUCUCAUGAAGUUGGAUGGAAAUACCGUGAUGUUGUCCGUAAACUGGAGGACAAGAGGAAGUUCAAAACCAUCCACAAACUUGCAUAUGAGAAGAAACUUAAGAAAAUCACCAAGGAAGCUGGUGAAAAAGUUGCGAAGGUUACAGCUCCCUUCACUGCUGUCAUGCAAUCCUAUGGAUACAAUUAGGACUAAGGAAAUUAUAUAAAAAAUAAACCUUUGGUUGCCCAA